UGGAAGCCCUGUGCCUGUUCAGUUUGCUGUGACCUUUUUCCACCGUGGCAGAGGCAGCCGCCAUCCUGGAUUCUUCUCUCCUUAUAAAUCUCUUGAGUGAGGUUUGGGUGAGACCUUCCUUCUUUUGCUGGAGUGGAGUGGAGCAGAGAAAUAACGAUUUUUUGCCGGAGUCUGAGCCGAGAAGAUUUGGAGCAGAACUGUAUCACUUUCUCGGGGGAAACCUUCCGCUGCAGGAGCAGUUAUUACAAUCCGGGGACCUGAGCCGAACUGUAAUACUUUCUCUGGGGAAACCCUCCUGCGGGAGCGGAAUUGUUACAUUGGGGAAACCUUUUCCUGGAGUAGAACUCUAAACUGCUAUGCUUAUGGUGACUUUGUGGUAUGCCUUGGCUCCCAACUGCCAAGAUACCUUUCCAUCUGAGCAGCCAUGUUUACAGAAGAGGAGGCAGAGAGGCGAGAAGUAGAACUGAGACAGCAGGGCGCAGCUACUUAAAGUGGCAUUCUAACAUAAUUAGGAAAGACAUUUCUGGGACAGUCAGUCAGGAAGUAAAGUUCUUAAAUAUGACUCUAUGAUGCAAAUAAAGCCUGCAGAUUUAAAGGGAAAAAAUGAGCACAGAGACCUUACUCCCGGGGUGCCUAGUGAGCGAGGUAGGAGGCAGCAGAAGUAUGUCUUCAUUUUAUCGGGAGAGUGUGAAGUUUCCUCCACAUCGGCUUACACUCGAUGACACAUGCCGUCACUAUCUAUGAAAUCACCAAAGCAGCGUUUUGUAGUUGCAACUGCUGGUGGGCAUGGGGAGGCAUAAACAGCCUGUACAGAAAUUCUGAGAGGAUUUGUUCGCUUGUUGAGAAAGGAUCUCCCUAUGUCACCCAGGCUGGCUGGGCACUCAAGAUCCUGGGCACUCAACAUUAGAAUUCUGAGGAAGGGUAUCUUGGAGACUAGUCUUCAGCAGCCUGAAGAUCCGUUCUAAGGGUGUUACAUUCCAAGACUGCGAGACAGGCAUUGAGCAGACAUAGCAUCUGGAUCCUCCUCCUGGUGGUGGACACGUUUGACGCUUGAAGACCCAGUAGUUCACGAGCCUGACAUGGACGCUGAGCACUGUUUGUUGGUUGCCCGAGGUGAUUGGCGCCCGGGGGUCCCCUCUGGAGCAUGCGCACAUGGCGUUGCUGGGCAACGACAGUCCUGCCAACUGCCUAAGAGGUGGAGGGAUGUUAAACCUUGGGGCUUCUCUGUGGGCGCAGCCUGGCGAGAUUCCCAGGCUUGGUUGGCUCUGCAUUGGGACUGACGGUUAAGAUUGGGACCCGGAGGAACUCGGUUACUGUGAGCACAGAGGCUGUUAAUGGGAAGGAGUAAAGCAAUAUAAACAAGAAUCUAAUGUGAAGGGCCAUAGUCUGAGCCAUGAAGAAGAUCUUCAAGGGCCAUUCGCCUUGGGGCUUCCUUAGCUUUAGGCAUGUCAGCGCUGAGAACCAAGAACCACCCAGGUACCUCACUGGGUACAUGCCUAUGAAGAAGAUCCACAAAGCUGCAAGCGUCGGGGAUAUAACCGAAGUGCAGAGGAUGCUCGAAUUUGGGCAUGUUGACGUGAACAUUACAGACCGGAAGAAGAGGACUGCUCUGCACUACGCCUGUGCUCAUGGCCAGUCAGAAAUGGUGUCCCUCUUGCUGUGGUACGACUGCAACAUCGAAGCCCGAGACUGUGAGGACAGCACAGCUCUGAUCAAGGCAACCCAGCGCCAGCAUGAGGAAUGUGUCAAGAUUCUCCUGGACAACGGCGCUGACUCCAACGCCGUCGACGCCUAUCAAAACUCGGCUCUGCACUACGCGGUCUACAACAACAACCUCACCAUAGCUUCCAAACUCCUGGCUUUCAACGCAGACACCGAAAUCAAGGCCAAGAAUGGCUACACGCCUCUUAUACUCGCUGUGCUAGAAAACAAAGAGGAGAUGGUGGAACUGUUGUUACAGGCCGCGGCAGACAUAAAUGCCCUGGAUAACUGCAAGAGGUCCCCCCUCAUACAUGCUGUGAGAGCUCAGUUUAAAAAUAUGAUCAGCCUUCUUCUCCAGCAAGGUGCUGAUGUAUCUUUGGUGGAUGUCUAUGGAGCAACUGCACAAAGUUACACUGUUUUUGAAACCUUUCAAGUGCUUUCCAAAGGACCAAGUUCCAGUCAUCUUGAGCGUACAUCAGAAAUGGAUGAACAAAAUUUUGAUGACAAGGACGACUGCACACUGUGUACACACCUCACGCAGGACAAGGGAAGAAUGGAACAGUUGCCAGUAAAGGAAGAGGAAAACACAGACACAGUUGGCAGACUGGGGAGCCAAGUUGCCUUAGACGAUCAAGAGAAGGAACUUGAAAUUUGUGAAGACUGCAGUCCAAAAGCAGAUACAUGUCCUGAAUGCUACUCUAAAACAAGCCUCGCCCACAGAACUCCCACGCCUGCAACAGAAGACGAUGAAUGUAGCUUCAGCUCCAAGACUCCAGGGAUCCAGUCACCCAUGUUCACCGAAUCCAACCUCUGGAUCGGGUAUCCAGCCGAUUGGCCGGAACCCAUUAAGUUCUCCAGGCAACCAGCAGUCUACAACCCAAUCGAAUGGAUGGAAGACAUGGAAUCCCAGUCCGUUUCUCUAGAGGAAAGCAAACACCCGGCAUCAGUGUUGUUGGGAAAUGCACAGACACAUGAGUGGCCAGCCAGGGUUUCCAAGGAACCUGGUGCUAAUGAUUCUGAGCCUACAGAAAAAGAGAAUGCUAAGGAUGACCUGGUAUCACUUUUAGCUCCUCUGGAGGAAUACAAACCACAGAUGAAAGAAUUUUCGGUACCUGAAGCUGCCGAGUUACAGACAGAUGUCAAGCUGGAGAGACAAGGUGUUUUAGGAUAUGAAGAAAUGGGACUGGAAACUUGUCAAGAAAGCAAUCUAGAAGCAGCUGAAAGUACUGAAUCCUGCUCUGUACUAAGGUUCUCCACCAAACCUGAUCGUAGUGACCCUGAGACCACAGCAAGGAAGGACGAAUGUAAUUUUGAUACAAAGGAUAAGUUAAAGAAACAUCUCUUGGCACAGAGAGCACCCUCGAGUCAAGCCAAGCCGAGCCCUGCACCUUUACAACUCCAAGAGCAAGCGGAGGAGCCAGAGAUGAACGCGGCUUCUGAUGGAGAAGAUACGUGUGGACCUUCAAGAUCUGCCGAGGGGCAAGUGCUCAGGGGAAUGUCGCUAGAAGGAGAGAAACUGGAGUCUAAAGAUGCUCUACAACUUGUCGUGAACAAGCUAAGCCAGAAGCCUGGUGAGAUUUGCGAAGCUGUCAAAAUUGGUGUUCACCACGAGGAAGAGCGACCAUGUGAUGACUGGACAGGAAAAACACCCCUGAAGUCGGCCUCCCCUAAACCGGCCCGUGACAGCCUUGGUUGUGAGGACAGAGAUGCAGCUGCAGCGCCGGUCUCUGUCCCACUGCAGACCUUUCCCGGAUGGGAGGAAGGUGGCCUUGGAGAUGUCUUUUCAUCUCCCUCAUCCUCUCAGGUCGUGGAGAACAGUGGCCAGUCAGUUACUAAAUUUCCCUUAAUGAAAAAUAAAUGUGAAAAUAACAAGUCCGAAAUGGAAGAAUCCCUUCGUAAAAGUAAGGAGAAAUCUUCUAAAAAACCAGAAAGUGGAAAGGCAGAUGGUACAUGCCCAGAAGUGUGUAUGGGUGAAAAUCAAGGAGGCCGUGAGUUCAAGGGCCAGUUGCAAAAAACUGUAAAACCAAAACGCAUGGCCUGGCAGUUAGAGAUCAGACACAUGCCCAAGUCCAGCGAACCCAAAGGGCUUUCAGACUUCAAAGAAAAGACUCAGGUGAGCGAAUUAAAAGGUUGGGGUGAUUCUACCCUUCCCGACACUUACAAGAAAAGUAAAGGCGCAUGGGACUUUACCCAGAAGCCCCUGCACAGCAAGGGCAAAGCCCCGCCGUGCACCCUGGGAACCGCCCGUGCCCCGCCUCCGGCUGGCAGGACAGCAAGCACUUUUGCAGAUGAAGAUCUUCAGGACUCGCUGUCCGACGAUGAGUUCCACGUUCUGGAGGAAGAGAUCCUGGCCUGGGAGAAAGUCCACCUCGAAAAUGAGAGUGUCUCUGAGGAUCUGCUGAACAAGUGUGAGGGGAUUUCAUCUGAUGCCACGGAUCCAAAGAGGAACGAUCUAGAAAACGAAGACACCGGAGAGGACUCGGACUUUGAGGUGACAACCCAGUCAGAACACAAGAGUCUCGAUGGCAGUGAAAAUUCCCAGCUGCAAGAUAAAGGCCUUUCAAAGACAUGCCCCCAAACACAAAACACAUUUGCAGAUCCAGCCAGGCCAACAAACCCUCAGUCUCAGAAGGAAAGCAAACACAGGUACCCUCCACCUUUGCAUCUGCAGAAAAUGUCUGAAGACCCCGAAAUAAACAAGAAGUGUGAUGGAGAGUGUGCACCUGUACAUCCAGAAGUUCCUUCAGCGAGAGCACAUGAGAAAAUGUCUCUCGCUCGGGAUGUAACAGGGAGUAAUCGAGAGCCACACAGAUGCAGCCGUGAGUUACAGCACACAGUUGGGGAUGUGUCUGCAAACAUCUGUCCUGACAAAGAACCACUCCUGGGUAGCUAUGGGGGAAGAACUCAGUUCAAGCUUACUUCAAACAUUGAAGAAAUGAGCAAGAAGCAGUGGAGUCCGGAAUUGGGAGUCUCGGAGAACCCGUGUCUUACGGUCACUGACUAUAAUGACAACGGGUUGAUUGUCAAAAGGAAAAGUGGAAGGACCGAGAAGCUGCUUCCUCCUGAGGAGGAAGAUGAACUUGCUAAGCUGACAAAGAGACAAGCUGAAGAAAAGCACAAGAUGGAAACCCAAGUGCAUCAAGUCAACGAAAUGGAAGAAGCCAACAGCCGAAGCCAGCCUUCUGAGACAGCCUCAGGCAAUGAUUCUAGUAGCCCGUUGGAACUCUGGGACAUGAUUCAUUCAUAUGAAAGACUGUUGGAGCUUAAAAAUAGUCACGAAGAACUAUUCACAGGGAAACUUGAAAACAUGGAAAAUGAGGCCAGUGGAGCACAGAGAGAACAAACAGAAAUGAAGAAAAUAAAAUCCUGGCUACAGCAUAAAGGAGUGGAAGGGGAAGAACUCUGCGCCUUGAGAUUACCCUUAAAACAAGAUGAGAAGCAAGAAAAUGCUGAGUCUGUGUUUCAACAACAAAAGGUGCAGUUAAGCAGGAAAGAGGAGCAAUAUGGUGAAAAUGUGGAAUGGACUCAACACCCUGAAAUCAGGACAGUGAUUACAGAUGUAAAGGCCAUAGAAAAUGAUCUCAGACAGUUACAAGGACCACAGGAUCAACUCUCAGAGACAGUGCAGAGUUCUGAGAAGACACACGCCAUCUUACAAAGGCUUGAAGUUCGACUUUCCAAGUUAAAAAUUACACUGAAAGAGCAAUCAGCAAAAAUUGAACAGAUUCAGACUCAACUGCUACACGAAGGUUUGCUUGGAGAUGAAACAAAGAAACUCAUUAAGCAAACACAGUCUCUAGAAUGUACUUUGGCAAAACAGAUGGAUAAAAAUGAGGAACUGAUGACAGAACUCACUGGAUUUAAGAAGCUCUUUGAGGAGACAAAAAAGAAGUUAAAUAAGCAUGAAGACCAAGAGCUUAGUGGUCCUGGAGAUUUAAAAAACAGCCAAUUUGAUAUGCACAUUCCAAUUACUACACUAAGGCAUGAGCUGUACAAGCUGAAAGAAAAUUGGGAAACUACAUAUUACAAAUAUCUACACAUGGUUGUAAAACUUCAGUUAAUUGAACAGGAGCUAAUAACAAUAAAAACAGAACAAAAGAAGUGUGGACACCUACUCACGAACCAGAAGGACUUAGAAAAAGAAGUUCUUCACCUCAAAAGCUGGAUGCGAGAGAACGUGACCCAAGCAAGAGAUGAAAACCACACUGAGGAUUUAAGAGACACUAAUGAUGUGGUAAUGAUAAGCCAGAUGGAACUCAGAAUUAAAAACUUGGAAUCUCAGCUGGCCACGAGGGGAGCUCAGCAAAGUCUCCGUGAAGGGGGAAGGCUGAAAUCCGAGCACCCUUAUGCGGGAGAGAGUGGCCUGACGCAGCCAUUGAGGAAAGAGCCGAGUGAGCAAGCCAAGCAGAGUCCACGGAGUCCACGGAAAUAGCGGAGCUCGGCUUGCCUCUGCCAAGGCUGACAGACUCGGAGUUAGAAAACGGAUGUGCACUUGAACUGCCUGCCGUUCAGGGAGGCUCUUGUUUCUUCCUUUUCAGUUUGGAUUUCUGUGGCCGUUUGCCCCUCCCCAAGGCUCUCAUGUAGCUAGCCUGAUUCGUGAGUCUUUUAGAUUAGUAUCGAAAGCUUUCUAUAUAGGCAUUUAUAUGCUUAUUAAACUACUCUUUGCCAUUUUAA